AUGCCUCUUGUAACUUCGUCCGACGCGGCUCAUCUCAUGAGCGACACAAUCUUCCCACGGAAAGCCUAUGGCCUUGUACUGCUCACAGGCAUACUUUCCAUUUACCUUUUGUACAGCCUUUAUCGGAAAGCCCUGCCGAAGCCAAUCCCCGGCAUCCCAUACAACCCAAAAGCCCUCAAACGCAUCCUUGGUGAUUUACCGGAGCUCGCCAGCGCGGUCGUGAAGACGGGCGAUUUGGCCACCUGGUUGCAGUCCCAGGCGGAUAAACACGAAUCCCCAGUAUGCCAGAUCUUCCUCCGUCCCAUGUCGCCGCCCGUGGUGAUACUGAGCGACUUCCGCGAGAUGCAGGAUCUCUGCAUGCGGCGGAAGGAAUUCGAUCGCGGGCGGAUCAUCAAGGACAUUUUCAGGGGCCCUACGCCAAACCACCACAUCACUUUGGAUACCGGCGACGAAUGGAAAGCGCACCGCCGACUCCUACAGGACCUGAUGUCGCCCCCAUUUUUGCAAAACGUCGCGGCACCGGCCAUUUACUCAAAUAUCGCGAAUCUUAUCGACCUAUGGCGGCAGAAGACGCGCAUCGCCGACGGUAGGCCGUUUGACGCAUCAGAGGACAUAUUCUAUGCGGCAUUGGAUGCUGUCACAGCCUUCUCGUUCGGCGAGGACUUCCCGCACAACGCCACGAGACCGGUGGCUGAUCUCAUUCAAGGUCUCGAUAGUACUCAACUAAGUGAGUUGCGGACGUCGGGAACCAUUGAUGAUCCGGUAGAGUUCCCCUCAGUGCUAUGCGACGAGGUCCUGUCCACCAUUCUCGACGUCAGCAUCGCCAUCGAACGCUUACACGGCUCGCCGUGGCCCGUUCUGAAAUGGAAGAUUAUAGAAAAGUUCCCGCCGGUCAAUCGGACGGUGAGGCUGAAGAAUGAGUUUGUCGUGGGGGAGCUGAACAAGGCGACUUCCAGGCAGCUGGCCAAUGGCGACGACGAUUCGUGGAUGCGGUCGGCUGUAGACCUGAUGGUGUCGAGGGAGAAGAAGCUAGCUCGAGACGACAAUAGGUUGCCCGACUUUCUUUCGCCCACGAUGCGAGAUGAGUUAUUCGGCAUUCUCACCGGAGGCCACGACACAACCAGCACGACGAUGCUCUGGGGUCUCAAAUUGCUGGCAGACCACCCAUCAAUUCAGUCGAAGCUCCGUGCCUCAAUGGAGACAGAAUACAGAGAUGCAUCAAAAGAAGCCAGAACGCCUUCGGUAGAAGAGAUCAUGCGAAUCAAGGUUCCCUAUCUUGACGCAACUAUGGAAGAGAUUCUUCGUUGCGCCGGCACUGCCCCGUUGGUAGAGCGUGAAGCUUCUUGCGACACUGUGUUGCUCGGAUACCCCAUUCCUAAGGGUACCAAGAUCUUUUUUCUCGCAAAGGGGGCUAGUAUCCAGAAACCGGCAUAUGAGAUUGACGAGACGAGGCGGAACGAGACGUGCCGCAUUGCAGUGAAGAAUAGAGGGAGGGUACCAGAAUGGGAUCCCGCGGACAUUGCCACGUUCAAGCCUGACCGAUGGCUCACUUCCGCAGAUCCAUCAGAAAAGAAUCGAGGCGGUAGCAUACAGACAGAUGCCGUUGUUGAGCUGGAAUUCGACUCUACCGCCGGCCCUCAGAUUGCGUUUGGUCAGGGCAGGCGCAGUUGCUUCGGGAAGAGGUUGGCGUACGUGGAGCUGCGGAUCCUCGUGAGCUUGAUUGUGUGGAAUUUUGAGAUCCUUGAGUGUCCGGAGGCACUUUCCGGGUAUGAGGGCAAGGAUGUUGUCACGCAUAAGCCGAUCAAGAACUAUGUGCGGUUGCGGAACAUUCAGAGGUGA